AUGGCUACUCCAAUCGCGUCUUCUUCGCAACCCGUCGCCCUCGACGGACCACACACUGGAAAUGCAAAGAAACCAAAAGAGAAGAAGGAUAAAGCGGCGGUAGCAGCGUCUCAGUAUUCACUUGAAGGUUUUUUUGAUCAUCGCAUCAAGUUGUUUGAAGAACUGUACGCAAAACACAAUGAAUUUGUGAAAGCUCAGCCUCGGGAGGAGAUCGUCAUCACGAUGCCUGAUGGUUCAGAGCGCAAGGGCACUAGUUGGGAGACUAGUCCCAUGGAUGUUGCAAAAGAAGUUUCAAAGAGUCUGUCGGAACGAAUUGUGAUCGCAAAGGUCAAUGGUGGUCUAUGGGACUUAGAACGACCAUUGGAGGCUUCGUGCAAACUAGAAUUAUUAGACUUUGAACAUCCAGAAGGCAAGAGAGUCUUCUGGCAUUCGUCGGCACAUGUUUUGGGUGAAGCUGCUGAGCGGCAUUACGGUUGUCACCUAUGCAUUGGACCCCCAACCGACGAAGGAUUCUUCUACGAGAUGGCUAUCGAGGACAGAGCCGUUACCAAUGCAGAUUACCCCGCUCUGGAGAAGCUUACAGAAAGUGCUGUCAAAGACAAGCAGAAAUUCGAACGCCUCGUAGCGUCGAAAGAGGAUUUACUGAAAAUGUUCAGCUACAACAAAUACAAAAAGCACUUGAUCGAGACCAAGAUUCCAGACGGCACCUCCACCACUGUAUAUCGUUGUGGACCGAUGAUAGAUCUCUGUAUCGGCCCUCAUAUACCACACACCGGCAAGAUCAAGGCAUUCAUGGUCACCAAGAACUCUGCAUCAUAUUUCCUGGGUGAUGCAAACAACGACUCAUUGCAACGCAUCUACGGUAUCUCGUUCCCAGAUAAAAAGCAGUUGUCCGAGUACAAAGCAUUCUUGGUCGAGGCUGCGAAACGGGAUCACCGCAAGAUCGCUCGGGAGCAAGAACUAUUCUUCUUCAAUGACCUCAGUCCUGGAAGCUGCUUCUUCCUCCCUCAUGGUACUCGAAUCUAUAACACUCUAAUUGAGUUGAUGAGGUCCGAGUACUGGAAACGCGGAUACCAAGAAGUCAUCUCUCCGAAUAUGUACAACUCAAAAUUGUGGGAGACUUCUGGGCAUUGGCAAAACUACAAGGACGACAUGUUCAUCCUUGACGUGGAGAAAGAGAAGUGGGCAUUGAAACCUAUGAACUGCCCAGGCCACUGCCUCAUAUUUGACUCCCGGGACCGAAGUUACAAGGAACUUCCAAUUCGUAUGGCUGAAUUUGGUAUCAUACACCGAAACGAGGCUUCUGGCGCUCUUACUGGUCUCACUCGUGUUCGGCGGUUCGUGCAGGAUGAUACGCACGUGUUCUGCCUGCCCUCACAGAUAGAAGAUGAGAUCAGUGCGCUAUUUGAUUUCAUGCAGCAUAUCUAUGGUCUUUUUGGUUUCGAGUUCCACCUUGAGCUAUCCACUCGCCCUGACAAUUACCUCGGCACCAUUGAGGCUUGGAACACCGCGGAAGAGCAACUCACCAAAGCACUCGAUAAGCAAUAUCCAGGUAAAUGGGAAGUCAACCCUGGCGAUGGUGCAUUCUACGGCCCCAAGAUUGACAUCACUAUCCGUGACGCCCUCCGCCGAUCGUUCCAGUGUGCGACUAUACAGCUCGAUUUCCAACUCCCCGAGCGAUUCGACUUGAAGUACCGCUCCGCGGACGAGAUGACCAAUCCUGAUAAGCCCCCUUCACGUCCUGUCAUGAUUCAUCGUGCGAUUUUGGGAAGCUUAGAGCGCUUCAUUGCGAUCAUCACGGAGCACUUUGCAGGAAAAUGGCCGUUUUGGCUUUCACCCCGUCAAGUGCUUGUUAUUCCUGUUGCUGUGCCGUAUAAAGAAUAUGCCCAAGAGAUAGCCACUCGUCUGGCCGAUCUGGGUCUUUUUGCCGAUGUCGAUAACGGAGCAGACACUCUGCCGAAGAAGAUCCGCAACGGUGAAAUUGCACAAUACAACUUCAUCCUCGUGGUCGGGCAGGAAGAACUCGAUAGCCGUUCGGUUAACGUACGAAACCGGGACGACGUCGGCACCAAGUCCAAAGGCGAGAUGGCGCCAAUCGUAGAGAUUGAGCAAAAACUUCUCGCAAACAAGUUGGUGUAA